AUGGAGAUAGGACCAAAACAAAUACAAAUGGGAGCUUCUCUUCUGAGAGCUGCAAGGUCAGGAGAUAUUGAAACCUUGACGUCUCUCCUUUCUUCAAUAAAUCAUUUCAACAUAGACAUUCAAACGUCACACCAGUCCUCCACUGUUGCACCUCCUCCUCAAUCCAAGACCAUCUUUGGGGUCACUCCGGGAGGAAACACUCUCCUCCAUGUAGCCGCCCAGCAGGGGCAGCUGCGCAUCAUCGAGGAGAUUUGCCGUAGAGAAUUAUCCCUUGUAUUUACCAAAAACACAAGGCUUGAUUCACCUCUGCACUUGGCAGCAAGUUCUGGUAACCAGAAAGCAGCAGAAGUUAUAAUCAAGCAUGUGAGGGAGAGCAGUGAAUUGAUACUUCUGCUCAGGGCUAAGAAUCUGAAUGGUGACACGGCGCUGCAUGAGGCUGCUCGGUUUGGCAAUUACCACAUGGUUAAAAGUUUCAUUGAACUUGAUGUUGAAUUGUCUUCGAUUAUUAAUAACUCUGGUAUGUCUCCGCUCUAUUUAGCAGUCAUGCGAAACUCACAUGCAAUGGUGGAAGCUUUGCUGAAUCCUUCUGCUUCUUUUGCUGGUCCUAACGGGCAAACAGCCUUACAUGCCGCUCGAUCUCAAGUUCAUAUAGCUGCGAGCAUGGACAGAGCUCAAGUGAUUAAAGAGAUACUCAAACAUUGUCCAGACUCUGAUGAGCUUGUUGAUGGAAAAGGAAGGAGUUUUCUUCAUGUUGCUAUAAUGAAUCAUAGUCGGCGAGUUGUCAGGUAUGUCCUUCAGGUGCCAAUCCUGGAGAAGUUGUUAAACUGUCAGGAUUUUGAAGGGAAUACCCUGCUGCAUAUUGCUUGCACUCUAGGGGCCAAAGACAUUGUGUAUGACCUUAUCAAGGAUGGCAGAGUUGAUUCUGGAGUGAUGAACAAUGAAGGAUGCACACCUCUUGAUUUAUCUUUUUACUUGCAUAAUGCAACUGCUUCAUGGCAAAUUAAACAGACCUCCCCGUCCCUUAUUUUCAGAUGCUUGUUGGACACUGGAGCUAUAUUCAGUCCCAAGAGGUCUGAUCUUCAGAAAAGAAAUGUUCAUGAUCUGGAAAAUGAAACAUUAAUGAUAUCAUUGUCGAAAACUUUGGCAAUACUGUCAAUAUUAGUCGCCACAGUUACAUUCACCGCUGGUUUCACAGUGCCUGGAGGUUACAGUAGUGGCAGCAGCAGCAAUGACAAUAUUCAAGAAGGUACAGCCAUUCUAUCAAACAAGUUUUGCUUCAAAGUAUUCCUAAUUUCCAAUACAUUGGCAAUGGUCUGUUCUCUCACUGCCACUUGCUGUUUGGUUCAUGCUGGAGCACCUCUGCUUGAUCUUAAAGUAAGAGAAAGCUAUCUUUCUUGGUCAAUGAGCAUACUUACGUGGGCAAUUGUAGGCAUGUACGUGGCUUAUGGAAUGGCCUUAAUGGCUGUUGUUUUUCCUCAAGAGCGGGUCAUAGGGAUUGUGGAGCCAAGAUCCUCAGACCAAAUUGUGGCUGAGUGAACACUUGUUUUGGAACAGUCCCAGUUCAAUCAUGAUUCGUAGUGUUUCCAGGGUU